AUGUGUGCGAAAGCGUCUGGGGAGGGCGAGGGAGGGCGGGCGGAGUUCCCCGCCUUUCCAUUCGAGCCCUACGCGAUCCAGCAGGGCUUCAUGGAGCACCUGUAUCGAGCCAUCGAACACGGCAAGAUCGGCAUGUUCGAGUCCCCGACCGGCACCGGGAAAACGCUGAGUCUGCUCUGCGGCGCGCUGCACUGGCUCUCUGAUGACAGAGCUCGAUCUAUGGGUUCCUUGGGAUUUCUCUCCGCCGCGCCCGGCGACGGCGCGGGCAUGGCAGCCUCUCCUGCAACAGAGGCCCUUCCCGGGUGGCUGACGACGCAAGCGGACGACCUGCAAGCCCAGCGGGAGCGCGACCGCGCAGAGCGACGCGCAAGGCGCACGGAGCGAGCCCGUCGGGAGCUCGAGGCCGAGCGGGCACGGAGCGCUACAGGACCGUCGGCGCUUCUGCAGGGCGGUGGCGCGAGCACGCGCAGGGCAGUCGAGCGGCGCGAGACCGACGCAAAGAGCAAGGUCGAUGACGACGCCCGGUUUGUCGUUGAUGACUGGGACAGCGAUGACGGCGGCAGCGGGGCACCGAAGCGCCGCAGGGCCGGCGGGGGCGUGAGCUCCGAGUCGGACGCAACAAGUGGCAGCGACGACGAUCCCGACGACGCCGGGGGGGCAGCUUCGGGCCCGCAGGUCAUCAUAUGCAGCCGCGCGCACUCGCAGAUCACGCAGCUCGUCGGGGAGCUGCGGCGGACGCCGUUCGCGCAGGAGAUGCACUCUGUAGCGCUCGCGUCGCGGCAACAGCUGUGCAUCAACCCCGCGGUGCGCAAGCUGGGCAGCGCGGCGCGCAUCAACGAGGCAUGUCUGGAUCUACAGAGGACGAAGAGCUCCGGCACGAAGAAAGCCAGGGGCGCGCGGGAGGACGGGAAAGCGACAGCGAUGGCAAAGGGGUGCGAAUUCCUGUGCAAGGGGCGCGAGCGGGACCGUGCCAGGAUGCGGGACGCGAUCCUCGCGGCGCCGAUGGACAUCGAGGACCUGGCGAAGCUGGGGUCGUCGCGACGCGUCUGCCCGUACUACGCAGCGAGGGACGCGCUGCCUCACGCGGACGUCGUGUGCGUGCCGUACUCGUCUGUCCUGAGUCGGUCCGCGCGGGAGGCUUUGGGGUUGCGCGUGGCGGGCAGCGUGGUGAUCCUCGACGAAGCUCACAACAUCGUCGACGCGGUCAACGGCGCGUACUCGGCGACCGUGACAGCCAAGCAGCUCGCGGCCACCAUGGCACACCUGGCCGGAUAUCUGUCCAAGUUCUCUUCACGCCUCUCACCGUCCAAUCUCAAGUACCUGCGAACCAUGGAGCUCGUCGCCGGCAAGCUCCUCGACGCCGCCAACGGCGGCAAGCCCGCGCGCGCGCCCGACGCGGGCCGCUCGGACGCCACAGCCCGCGGGAGCGAGGCAGCGCAGACCAUCAAUGCGUUUCUGUUCGCGAGCGGCCUCGACAACGUCAACAUGUUCAAGCUGAUGCGCUACAUGCGCGAGAGCAAGGUGCUCGUGAAGCUGAGCAGCUACUGGGAGGCGGAGAGCGAGGCCGUGGCGGCUGUGGUCGGAAGCGGCAGCGCAAGCGCGCAGGUUCCUUCCGGGGAGCGUAUGGCGGCUCUGCACGCGUUCGCCGGCAUGGUGGAGGCUCUCACGACCGCGGACGACGACGGCCGGCUGGUGCGGCUCCAGGGGCCCAGCGACGGCGCCGCCGGCAGCGCUGCGUCGGGCGGGGGGGGUCUCCGCUUCAUCCUGCUCAACGCGGCCUCGCAGUUCGGCCGCAUCGUGUCGGAGGCGCGGUCCGUGAUCCUCGCGAGCGGCACGCUGUCGCCCGUGGCGUCCAUCGCGCAGCAGCUGUUCCCGGAGGUCCCUGGAGACCGCAUUUUGCACUACUCGUGCGGUCACGUCAUACCCCCGUCCAGCCUGCUGCUCAUGGCGGCCGGGCGAGGGCCGACGUCGCAGGUGCUCGACUUCCGCGCGGCCACGCGCUCGUCGGACGCCAUGGUCGACGAGCUCGGGCGCCUCGUGGCGAACGUGUCGGCAAUUGUCCCCGGGGGGGUGGUUUUGUUCCUACCGUCGUUCGGGACCCUGGACGUCGUGCGGAGGCGCUGGCAGGCGUCGGGCGCGCUGGACGGGCUCGCGAAGAAGAAGCAGCCGUUCUUCGAACCCACGGCGGCCGCGGAGCUGGAGGGCGUGCUCGCGAAGUACGCUAGCGCUGUACGCAGCCCGAACGCGCCUGCCACGGGGGCCCUGCUGGUCGCGGUCGUCGGCGGCAAGCUCUCUGAGGGCAUCAACUUCGGCGACGACCUGGGCCGCUGCGUCGUGGUCGCGGGCAUGCCGUAUCCGAACCGCGGAGACCCUGAGCUGCAAGAGCGAUUGAGAUUCAUCGAUCGCUGCGCCGCGAAGGUCCAGGUCAAGACGUCGGGCCCGGAGCCGGCCCUGACGUCGGCGGAGCACUACGAGAACCUGUGCAUGCGCGCGCUGAACCAGUCGAUCGGCCGGGCGGCGCGGCACGCGGGAGACUUUGCCGCAAUCAUUCUUGCUGACGUCAGGUACGAGCGGGCCGCGGAGGGGCUGUGCGGCGGGGGCGGCCUGCGCGCGCCGCUGACGAAGCUGCCGGACUGGAUGAAGCCGAGCCUGAGGGUCGCGCGGCGCGGCUUCGGGGACGUGAUGGUCGGCCUGCGGAGCUUCUUUGCAUCGCGCAAGUAG